GUGUUUCUUCCAGUGAGAGCCCAUGUGUUUCUUCGUAAGACUGUAUUGCAACAGUACCAUUUUAAAAAUUGCAUUGAGGAACUGGGACUCUUUUGUUAAUGGUAGGCUAUUAACAAAGGGCAGGCAGAUAAGGGCUACUGAGCUCCAUGUUCACUUAUAGACAUGUCCAGGGAAACUUUCUCAUUUACCUCUUCCACUCUGCGUUCCCUACGGCUGCAACGAGAAAUGUUAGACUGGGAAGACCGGCAAAGGGCAGCUUCGAGACACUCUACCUAUCGAAGGUACCAGCCAGUCACCAGGAGUUUCCAUACCUUCCCCAGGUCCAGCCGGCGUCCUCAGUACUGCCGGGAUCCUGCUGUCCACAAUGCUCUGUACACAGGAGACCUGCAGAAAAUCAAAAGCAUCUUUAAGGAUGAAACUACCGCUAACUUGAUUAUUGACAGCCUUGCUGAGGAACUGGUGUGGUCAGCUGAACUGGGGCUGUGGGUGUUAACACCCCAGAAGAAGCAUACCUCUCCCUUACGUAUCACAGUUUCCAGGGGCUACCGGGAUUGUGUGAAACAUCUCCUCCUGCAAGGAGCUGAUGUGGAUGCUAUUGUUGGUGGGAAAGCAGCUCUACAUGAUAGCUGUGCCGACCAUCGUGCAGAAUGCACUCGUUUGCUCCUGAACUACAGUGCAAAUCCCAAUAUUCUUUCAGAGGAAGGGCUGGCCCCACUCCACUUGUGCACCACGCAGGAGUCUUUGCCAUGUGCCCAGAUGCUACUGGAAUAUGGGGCUCUAGUCAACCAGAACACAAGAGACCGCCGGGCUUCUCCUUUGCAUGUGGCUGCUAAGCAUGGCCUAGAUGAUCACGUGAAGCUCUACCUUUGCUAUGGAGCAAACAUAGGUCACAGAAAUCGAGAGGGGGAGACAGCUCUCAAUUCAGCCUGUGCCAGUGCAGACAAGCCCGAAGAGGCUGGUCGCUACUACCGGGUGGUUAAGCGGCUGUUGGAGAGUGGGGCGGAUGCCCAAAUAGCUGGCCGAAAGAACCACACACCACUGCACAACGCCUGCAGCAACUGCCACAUCCGUAUCGUGGAGCUACUGCUGCAGCACGGAGCAGACGUCAAUGUCAGUAAUUGUGCUGGCUACACACCAGUGGAUUGUGCUCUACAUGCAGUGGAAGAUUACUUAGAAGGGGAGCCUGAGAAGCUUAUAGCAACCCUACUUAACCAUGGCGCUGCUCCUAUCAAUCCCAAGAUGUUAAAGUUUUGUGUCUUAUCCCCUCGGACUAUGGAAGUUAUUCUGAACACCUAUGACCGAAUUCUAUCCUGUGAUUCCUGGGUGGAGUUUGUGCCCUCUGAAGUUUGGCAAGAGCACCAUGUAUUCUAUGAUUCUGCUCUUUGCUUGCUGAAUCAGCCCCGUGCACUGCAACAUCUGGCCCGCUGUGCUAUCCGGAAGCAAUUGGGAAUACGAUGCCAUCAGGGAAUUGCUCAGUUGGAACUGCCCUCUUCUCUGCAAGAAUACCUGUCUCUUUCACUGGAAGGCUAUCUCAAAUGAGAUGAAGAGUAUGUUUCUCUGUUGGUCUGAAACAGUAAAACCUUUAGAAAGUUAUGCACCUCUUUCUUUAAGGUUUCCUUUGUCCAAGAAUUAAAAGUGUCUUAAAAAUUUUUAUUCUUGCCACUAAUGUUGUGACAAAGUGCCAGGGUUGAUUUGAUUUAAAUCAAAUUGUUUUAAAUCACAAUUUAAAUUUU